UAGAGCUGAUCAUUGGUUAAUUUAAGCACGGAAAUGCAUUUAUGUAAUAUUGUGGGACUUAAAUUUUGCUAAGUAACCGGAAUACGCCCUGGGAUGUUCUAUUACACUCGGGGAGUCUGUUAGCUAGUUGGCUAAAUGGAGAGCGCGCGCUGGGCUUUCCGCUGCGGCUCGUGGACGCCGAGCUCGAGUCAAUGGCUGUUCGCCGCUCGCUGCAUUCAGCGCGAGGAGAAAGAGCGAAUCGGGCGGUUCGUGUUCGCCAGAGACGCCAAGUUCGCUAUGGCAGGCCGGCUGCUGAUGAGAAAGCUAAUCUCUGAGAAGAUGGCUCUGCCCUGGAAUGAGAUUUGCCUUGAGAGGACGCCCAAAGGGAAGCCCUUCCUGGCCCGCCCUACCCCUCCCAGCGCCACCCGCAGCUACAGCUUUAACGUCUCACACCAGGGGGACUUCGCCGUCCUGGCUGCAGAGUGUGGGCUGCAGGUGGGCGUGGACGUAAUGAAGACAGGCCGGCCAGGUAGUGGUUCUUUGCCACACUUCUUCCAAAUCAUGAGGAGACAGUUUACUGACCGUGAAUGGGUGGUCAUCCAGGGGGCGGGGUCAGAGUGGACACAACUGGAUAUGUUCUACAGACACUGGGCCCUGAAAGAGAGCUUUAUUAAGGCUGUUGGAGUUGGUGUGGGGUUCAACCUGCAGAGGGUGGAGUUCCACAUCUCGCCUGUGCGCAUGCAGGAGGGCCAGGUGUAUCGGGAUACAAGGAUGUGCCUGGAUUCCGAGGAGGAAGAUCCUGAUUGGGUGUUUGAGGAGAGUCUGCUGGACCAGGACCACCACGUGGCUGUCGCACUGGGGAAGAUGGAGCACCCUGCCGGAGGUGUAGCUCAUGGGGAUGACUGGAGCUCCAAGAUCUCCCCGCCCCAGCGGUUCACCCUGCUGACCUUUGAUGACCUCAUCUCCGGAGCCGUGCCACUGGCGGAUGAGGACGCACAGUACUGGGAGGAUUUCCAGAAGAAGGUGCAUGUUCCUGGUGUAAACCAGCAAACCCAGUAUACAAUGGAUCGUAACUGGAGAAUGGAUGGAGCAUCUAGUGAAUGGAGGAUUGUGCUGGUGGGAAAAACUGGAUCUGGAAUCAGCACAGCGGGAAAUAUAAUACUGGGAAAGGAAGCGUUUGAGUGUAAAUCGUCUUCCAGUUCGAUUACAGAAAUGUGCGCCCAAGAAAGCGGCACCGUUCAUGGGAAAAGGGUCGUCGUCGUCGACACUCCAGGUGUCGAUCACACUGAGAAAUGCCAGGAAUAUGUUGAUUGUGAGCUAGGGUUGUGCCUAAGUAAGUGUGUCCCUGGUCCACAUGCUUUUGUUCUUGUCCUAAAACUCGAUGAUGAAUCGAUAGAGGAUCUAAACGCUGUGAAUAAGAUUAAGGAUUUGUUUGGGAAGAAUUUCCUGAAGUACACAAUCGUCCUCUUCACCUGCGGCUAUUUGCUUAGUGAAGACCAGACCAUUAAAGAGCGUAUAGAAAACACAAGUAACGCAUUUCUGAAGAAACUUGUUGAUCAGUGUGAAGGCCGAGUCCAUGUCAUCGACGAAGACUGGAGUGAAGAAGGAAAAGAGAAGGAAAGAAGUAACAGCUUUCAGGUUGAACAGCUCUUUGCGAGUGUAGAGGCGGUAGUGAAAAAGAAUGGAGGGCGUCCCUUUAAAAAUAAAAACCUUCAAGACGUUUCAUGGGAGAUUAAGAAAGAGGCCCUGCAGUUACUGAAAACGAGGCAAAGUGAGGCCGAUUGGAAUGAGCUGCCAAAGAAAACGAAAAAAGAGGAAGAAAGGCAGAUUUGGAAGAAAGCCACUGAAAUGAAGAGGGAGAAUUCUGAGCAUUCCUGCAUGAGCUGUCCUGUAAACUGAUGGGAGCGUUGACUAUGAAGGUGUUAGUGGGCGCAAUUGGGGGAAUUUGUGUUUUUUAAUCAUUAAUAAGAAUAGGACUAUGUGUAGGGAUCAUUACCGACUUUACUAUUUGGUAAAUUGAUUUUUUGUAAGUAAGGCAGUAUAUAACGAUUGAACCUUGAUUCAUUGCAAUGCAACAGGAUUGGCAGACCUUGUUUUUAUAUUCUGGCCAACCUCCUGCUUACAGGAGUUUGAUCGGUGUGUGUGAUAAUGACUGAAGGUCUUGGCAGAGAGACAGAUGUUGGUCAGAUUUAGAUAGGGUAGGGACCGGCUUGGAGCCAACAAGGAGCAAAUGUAAAUAUGAAGGGAUGGGUCCAGGUGAAGCAGGAUUGAUACACUGGGCGGAACAGGAGAUUAAUGUAUCACAGAGCGAUUACAGGCUCGUUCACCCAAACCCACUGUUCUGCUUUCUGGAUAAAAUUUGCCUUAUUC